CUUUAUUCUACAUUACUUAAAUUGUAUGGCCACAAAACCACUCACACUUUAUGCUACUCAAAAUACAUAUUUUUUGUCUUCCAGUCACAUAGUCAUAUACAGAUUUUGAACAACACGAGGGUGAAUAAAUUACAACAGAAUUUUUAUUUUUGGGUGAACCUUUAAAGAAGAGCCGCGAUUCCCUCUUUAUAGAAGCGAUUCGAUUCCCAAAGCAUCGGAACCAAUGAAACGAUUCCCAGCCUCAAUCACGCCGCAUCAUAAACAGGACUGGAACAAAUGAGCACGCUGCGCUUAAACAUUUAAAAUAACGUACUUAAGCGCCGCAAAAGACGCUACCGUUGAAACCACACGUCAUAACGUCUCAAAAGCGCGUCUCGAGACCCUCGCCAAUAGUCGCACAAAUACAUCGCCUGGAAAGAACAUUCUUUGCUGCAGAACUAUAAUCUUGAUUUCGCUAUGAUUAACGUUAAUUAUAGAGCGUCAAUUAGGCAGCUCAUCGAUAUGCUGACAGAUGACAACGGAGAUUUCAGCACACCCUCCAAAAACUUCAAUGAAGUCUACCCCGGAAUACUGCUAGAUGAGUCUGUUGCCAGAGAUUUAACCCGUCUGAAGCAGCUGGGAGUGACGCACAUCCUGAAUGCAGCGGAAGGCGAAUCAGACAUGCACGUGAACACUAGUGCAGAGUUUUAUUCUGUAUCAGGAAUCAUCUAUCAUGGAGUACCAGCCAUUGACGAUGAUGAUUUUGACCUCAGCAGAUAUUUCGAAGAGGCUUCUGGUUUCAUUAAAAGGGCUUUGUCAGUAGAAGGUAAGGUUUAUGUUCACUGUCAGAAAGGCUACAGUCGUUCAGCUACACUGGUCAUUGCAUAUCUGAUGCUGCAUCACAGGAUGACUGUACAUGAUGCUGUGGCCACAGUAAGAGAAAAACGUGAAAUUGGACCAAAUGAGGGAUUUUUACUUCAGCUCUGUGAGCUAAACAACAGAUGUGAGAAGUAGCUUUGAAAUGACUGGACAUUAUUUACUUUGUAAUCUGUUAUAUAUUAUAUAUCUGUAAAAAGGACAUUUACCAGUGUUCUAUUGUUUCUGUGUCCGAGUUUGGAAUAAACAUUCUCUGCUUUUCCUGACCUCUGGUGAUGGUAUACUGAUCAGAUAUUCAUAGGUGUUUUAUGAAGCAGUCUCUCCUUUUAAAUACAGACCUAAUGUUGAUUUCAUUAUUUAAAUAAAUAUUCAAUUAAAGACAAGAGGUCUUCACAACAGACAUUUAUUAAACAUUUACUGAAGUGAAAAGUAGCACACAUACCUGAGUUACUCUAAAACCAUUCCCACAUGCUUUCCUGCCUCUGGAAAUACAUAGUUUGAUUGUAUAGCAAAAGAAGAACAUUUAACUUCACAGCAUUCCUGCAUGUGAAAACAAGGAUCUUAAUAGUCUAAUUGGUGACGCAUGCAAACGUAACUGCUGAAAGCAAAUAUCUUUUUACCAAGCGAAAAAUGAAGGCCACUAGGUCAAAAGUUUAAAAAAGUGCUGAUCUUGUCAAUCCCCCCAAAAACGAAAAAAAAAAUUAUUCAUAUAACUGAGGCAUUGUGGAAAAGGUAACUCAAGGUAACAAAGGCCUGUCACAGGUUGGAAUGACAAUAUAGCAGGGUACAGUGCUACAGAAAUGAUUUAACAGCAAUUUUGUAUCACUAGAUGGUGCAAACCCCCCCCCUCCCAUCUGUCAUCAUUCACUCUCCCUCAUACUAUUCAAGAAGCCGUGAAAGUAAGAAUAUUAGAGAAGCAGCCUGUCACAAUUUCCAUGCAAGUAAAGUGAAUGGUGACCGGGGCUAUCAUUCUGCUGACAUUCUCAUUGCAUGUCUCACAAAAGAAAGUCAUGAGGGAACAACCCCUUUAAGAGUAUGUGAGGUCCUGCUGUGGGUUAAAACCUAAAACUGUAUAUAAGGGUGUGCUCCAGAUGGAGUCCGGAUUGAGGUAUUGGUCAUGUUGGCUGUAGAUAUGUCCUGUGGGUGAAUGCUUUUCUCAAUUUAAAGUGGGAUUCAAACGCAAAUCAGGUCAGAGCUUUAUAUCCAAACCUAAUUUCAUUCCAAUCUUACCACUGAAGGCAACUUCAAAUCAUGGCAUUCUGUAAACUGGCUUAAGGUACUGGAAGAGUGAGAACUGCUGAUUUAUGUUUAACAUUGACGCGCAGACAUGAGUUUGGCUCUAAAUGAAAAGCUCUCACUAUCCAAUGACUGAAAUCUACCGAUCACUGCAGGAGCAUACCGAUAAAACAGCAUAUACAGUAAAUACUACUCAGAUGUGUGAAUGCGAAUGGAAAACAACAAGGUGCGCAUUGGCUGUCCACACUGAGCAUUUACAAACCCACAAAUACAGUUUAUGUUGAAACACAAUUACAAAAAUGCACAGUGUAUGAAAUGAACUUUGUUCAGACUUUAGUUUCACUAUGUUUGAACAAUUGCUCCUCUGCUAUCACAAUCCAUUCAUUCAAAAUUCACAGUCCAAUUUUUACAUCCAGAAGCAGGAUUCCAUCAGCAGAAUGUCCACACAGCAUUAAAAAAAAACGCAUGAUGCAUGACAGCAAGACGUUCUCAAUAAAGCAAUAUUUCUCGCAUAGAAAAUGUGCUGUCCUUUUAUUUUCUACAUUCCAUAUCCGAAGAUAGGACAGGAUAGCAUUAAUAAUGGAAUGGCAGUUCUUUCUCACGCAUUUACACAAAUUUUGGACCUCAGCUAUGAUUUACCGCUGUAUAUCCCAGAUUGUGGACAUGACAAGGGAUUUAUUGAAUCCAGAGGCAGCUAGAGUUUAUUGCCACCUGUAAGUGUUUCAGAGGGCUGACAACAUUUUUACAUCCGUUAAAAGGAUCAUAUCAUGCUUUUUUUUAGCUGUUUGUAGCUAAAUUUCAAUAAGCAUUUAUUUAAAUUAAAUUCAUUUUUAGAAGUACAGAUGUAUUGAUAUGACCCCUUUAAGAGUCAAAGUCCCAAUCAACACAGGGAUUUACCUCAAUGUGAAGGAGCGAAUCCUUUUCUAAUUUAAGUGCUGUAAACCAAGCUUAUAAACCCAGAAAAGAUGGCUUCCUGAUUCCCCGUUAUACUAACAGGAUCUGUGGGCAGGUCCGUUGACCCUUGCUGGUGCAGUAAACACCGUGGGCAGUGCUGGUGGAUUGGAUUGUGCCCGAGUCAGGUGUGGGGCUUGGGGUCUCAUGGGAGCUCCAAGCCUGAUUGGCUAGUCACAGUGAGCUUGUCCUCGUGCCGCUUUGUGUCACUCUUUAGUAGAUUUAGUAGAAGCCAUGUCACACAGAGUCAUUAUCCUGGUUGUUUUAUAAUCAGACUGACACAGUAUCGGUCAAAAAGGCUGCUAUGCAUUUGAACCAGAGAAACUGAGCAGGUGCUUUGGAGGUCCGGCUGUGUACUCUGCUGGGCAGGAGUUUGUGUCAAGUUUUUCAUGUAUGGCUUCGAGUCUCUAAGGAGGGAGGUGGACUGACAGGUGGGAGUGGGCAUUAAUAGAUCAGAUUCGGAGGCAAGGGGACUGUAGAAAUGUUGUUCCAGGGCAUCCUGUGCUGCAUGUCCAGAGCUUCCUCAAAAGCAAAAUCUGUUCAAUUACGGCACAGUGAAAUUCCUAAACGAGGUCUGGCACGUUCUCAUUGUCCUCAAAAACCAGGCAGCAAGACUGACACUUGGUCCCACAUCAUAAAGUGAAAGAAGUAAAGAGAGGUGGCGAGCUGGACAUACGGUACAUGUGUGUCAUUGUAGUGUAAAUGUACAUUUAAGCAGAAAUGUGUAUGUCAUGUGAGUGUCAUGUGAGGUAGAGUCUGUUUACAGACAUGGAGAGGUAUGUGAGAUUCAUUUCAGAUUCAUCCAAACUAUAAGCUCUACACUUUCGUAAACAGUGAAGAUAGAGGGUACAACAAGGCUAAAAGAUGCAGAACGCACCUACUGUAAAUAAAUAGUUUUCUGUGAACAAAAGAAAAUAUUUUUGUUAUGAAUGAUGUGUAAAGUGAGACUACAAUGAGAUUCAUUUGUUAAACAUGAAUACACAGACAUUGCAUAUUCAAUGUAAUACAUCAAAUACACCCUCUUGUCAUUUCAAACCUGUAUGACUUUCUUCCGCAGAACACAAAAGAAAAUAUUUUGAAGAAUGCCGUUUUCUGGCCCCCAUUCACUUGCAUAGGUUUUGUGUCCAUGCAAUAGAACCCAUAGUUCUAUAGUUCCCAACAUUCUUCAAAAUAUCUUCUUUUGUGUUCUGCGGAUGAAAGAAAGUCAUACAGGUUUGAAAUGACAAGAGGGUGAGUAAAUGAUGACAAAAUGUUCAAUUUUCGUGAGCUAUCCCUUCAAAGCGGCAAUCUGUAACUUUCCUCUCUAUCGCCAUCUAUGUUUGAAACAUUCAAUUGCAGGUUACUUUACUUACAAAUCUACGUGGGGUGAAGUCAUUUAACAUCAAACUGACAGUCCUACUUCACAGCUCAAAUUAAAUCCUUAUUGUAAUCUUACUGUUGUGAAUCGGGAUAAGAAAAAUAUUUAAAACACGUUUUCAAGUACUUGUUCAAUAACUAGUUUUUGUUUAUUUUUAACCAAAAA